AAUCUAAGUACCUAGCUUAGCUGUAUUUAUGUAACGGUGCUUUUUUUCGGUAUUGACAAUUACGACAAAGAGUAUAGUACUCGGUGUAAAUAUAAGUAUACGAUUUAGAAAAAAAAAGUAAACUCAAAGGUGUAUCUACCCCUACCUCGUAUGCUUUUAAAUGUACACAGGAUAGUAGACGGUGACACGAUUAAACGAUCUAGACCUGCAGUAUGUAACUAUUCGCAUGUGCAAUGAUACAUGAUCGCCGGGAUACCACUUUGGAAUCGGUUUAUUUGGAUAAUUGAACCAAUAAUCGCGUUCGUUAGUCGGUUACGGUUCGUUUAUCACUAAUAUUCGUGAUGUGAUAAUUUUCGUAUAUGAUCGUAGCGUUUUAUCGAGUGAUUGUUACCCUUUGAAAUUUCAUCAAAUUAUGACAGACAUGUUGCAAGAUAUUUGGCAAGAUAUUGAAAGUUUUCUGCUAAGUCAGCCAGCAGGACCUCAAGCGUUACCGGUAGCCAUAAGUACAUCGUCGACGAUACCAUCGAACCUAGACUGCGUUCUGGAGCUGAAAAAAGACCCAUGCCCGGAUAGCGUUUCGUGUUCUUCAAAAAGCUGCAACUCGAGUUACCGUAACGAUGAAGAGGAGGAAUACGUAGACUUAGAUUUCCUAAUAAACUAUACUGCCGAGCAGCACAGCUUCGACAACGUAGGCUCUCAUUACAUAUCGUCGCAAAAAUGCGAACCAACUUGCAAACCUGCAGAAGCUCCUGUCUACGGAUCGGAUUGCCUUCACCACCAGGAGAAUAUUAGUUUGUAUAACGAACCUGCUAGUGCUAAUAGUGCUAGAUCGCAAGAUGCUCAACCUGCGACUGUAGCGUAUAACGCACUAAUGACCAUAUUUCCAUCACAGUACAAUCUAAACUGUGGUCCGGAUACUAUGUCACCUCCAGCUAGUCCUGAUCAACCUAAGUCACAAGAAGAAUUACUCAAGUUACUAUCGCAUAACGGUUCGUUAUACGCAAACUGCGACUAUCCCAUUGAGAAAACCUUGUCCAAGGUGAUGACUCCUCCUUCCUCUCCGAAUCUAGUCGACGAUAUGGUUAAAUUUUGUACUACUCGUAACAAAUCGAUAGCCGCUUGCGAAUCGCUAAAGAAACCUCCUAGAGGCGAUAAACGUACCAUUAGGAAGAAAAUCACCAGCCACAGUUGCUACCAUCCAGGAUGUGGUAAAACCUACACGAAAUCGUCGCAUUUGAAAGCUCACCUACGAACGCAUACUGGCGAAAAACCUUACCAGUGUAACUGGAAAGGAUGCGGUUGGAAGUUCGCCAGAUCUGACGAAUUAACUCGCCAUUAUAGGAAGCAUACCGGUGACCGGCCGUUUAGAUGUAGGCUUUGCGAACGUGCUUUUUCACGUUCCGAUCACUUGUCGUUGCAUAUGAAAAGACACGUUAAUCUAUAAUAGCACCUCGCAAUUAAUCGAUACCGUGUGAAAAUUUCAAUUUUUUUGUCAUUUUCUUCUUCUCAGAAGAUUUUAUUAUUGUUUGUACCAAUACCAGUGUCUUGUGGUAUUCAUUUUGCUUUUACAAAAAUCAAAUUUAGUAUUAUUUUGUUAGUAUUUUUUUAGGGUUUUUAUUUCGAUACGUUACGACUGCGCUAUAUGUUAUGGUAAAAUUUUGUCUAUUUGUUAAUUUAUUUGAUAUUUUGUUGCCGAUUACGUGGUUGUUCGGGCCAACUUUCUCAUGUAAAUUUUAAUAUAAGAUUUUAUGUAUCUAAGUACCUACCUAAGUCUAAACAGUUAUCAGCUUUCGAAUCUGUACACGUUUAACUUUGAUGAUGUGAAAUUACGAAAAUUAUUUUCUAAACGGUACCUGAGUCAAAAAGUGAGAAAUAAUUUUGAUAGUUUUGUCGAAGAAAGUGUCCUCUUAUACCUACCUAAUGUUUAAAUUUCAUUUUAUUCAAAUAUCGUAAUAUGUAGGGUGAUUCGUUAUAUUUUUUCACAAUACCUACUUGUAGUGAUAGAACAGGCUGAAGGGAACAAAAAAUGUCAUAAGUAGGUAUAUUUUGAGUUGAAGAUUCACAAAGGAGAGAUAAGGAUCCUCGAAGGGUUACCAGUUUAUUAAAACAGCUUCAACUCUCAAUGAAAAUUCAAAGAAAACAGCAUGCAACAACUAUUAGGUAUAGAAUUUUGGCAUGUAAUGGACAUUUCAAUCUUUAUAAAGCUCUAUAAAGUAUAAAGAAUGGAAUUUUUCAGGCUUAAAGUCAUUUUUAAGAUUGUUUUUUUGAGUAAAUUACGUAUUUCUAUAGCUAAAGUUUUAUUUUUUUUUUUGAACUCAUUUGUGACUUUUUGAAUUUCUUGGUCAGUUCUAUCAACUAACGAAAUUAUUGUAAAAAAAAAAAAAUAAUAAUAGCGAAUCAUCUAUACCAAAGUAAAAGCAGGUUGUUGACCUAAAUUAUUGUAUUUUUCUAGUCUUCUUUUGUAUUUUUUGACCUAUUGAAUUUUAUUUAUUCGACUCUACACAACAUAUUCGAUUUCGAGUGAAAAAAAAUGAUAAUUUUUAACUAGUCAUUAAUGAUCUCAAUUUAAAAUUGAGGUAUUAAGACAAUCUUAACGAAAUUCUCAUGUACUUAAACAAUUAUUUUCACUCAGCAGCAGUAUAUUUUUCAACAGAGGCACUUUCUCGAAUAUUAACUAGAAAAAAUGGUCAAAAUUUAACGAAUUGAUUGCAUUUGAACGAGGUAUCGAUAACAAAAAAAUUGUAUUAAUUGACUUUUGAUUUGUAGUAUUUUUCUUAAACCCUAGGUUUUUACGAAACACGUUCCCCUUUGUACGAUUAGUACUCGUUUGUAUGAUAUAAAAAAUUUUCUAUAAAUUUGUUAUAUUUUUAUAUAAUUAGGAAUUUGUUCGAAUGAGGAAAAUAGCAUUGUGAAUGUGUAACAUAAGUAAAUGUAUAAAAUGCUAACUUUAAAAUUUAUUGUAAAAGAUUUACAAAAUUUUCCAGUAAGUAUGAUCACGUUCCAAAGGAAUUCGAUGAAUGUUUAUUUUAAAUAUAACUUUCAUCAAUUUCGCAAGUUUUGUAUAACCUGUAAAUGAAUGUUCUACCAUUGUUGUUUGACCAGUUAAAUUUUUAAUUUAUGUAAUGAAAAUAAAAAAAUAAAAUAACGCA